AGGCGGUACCGCGCUCGAAGGGGGCGGGGAGCAGCAGCCCCGCCGCAGCGGCGGGCGGGGCCGAGACCGGCUGGAGGGGCGGCCUUCCGAGCGGGGGCGGGACCUGCACCCUUAGGGCCGACGCCCCUGUGCGGACCCAGAGCGGUCGCAGCGGUAGUCCAGAGCGGGCGCCUCGCAGGUGUCCAGACUGAAGGAAGCCCGGGGCGCAGAGGCAGCACCACCCACCCCAGUCCUGUCGUGCCGCCCAGAACUCCGCAGAUGACGCGACGGAGCCGGUGAAGGGACUGCUGCGCGCCCGGAGCUCCAGUUAAACAUUAACCCUCCGCUCCCCGGUCUCCGUGCAGCCUGCAGCUGCGCUCCUCCCGGGCUUCCCAGGGCACCAUGCCCGGCCUGUACUGCCCCUCCAGCUGGACGCCGCUGCCCCUCACGGACUCCUGGGUCCGGGCCUGCGCCAACGGACCCUGCCUCAGCCUGCGGGCCCGGCUCACCUACCACAACCCGCAGCCGCAGCCAGUGGACGGCGUGUUCGUGUAUCCUCUGGCCGAGGCUGAAGUGGUUUCGGGCUUCGAGGCGGAGGCCGCGGGACGGCGCGUCUCCUUCCAGCUGCAGAGUCGGCGCCGCUCGCAGGCCGCCUGCUGCAGCGCUCUGGGCCCCGCGCUGGGGGCCUCAACGCCCCGCCGCUGCGCGCAGGGUCAUCUUGUCUUGGAUCUGGCCCAGGCCCGGUCCACGCUGGUGCUGCCCACAGGCCUCAUCGCCGCGGCCGGCACCAUGACAGUGACCCUGCGGAGCAGCCGGGAGCUGCCCUCCAGGCCUGACGGGGUGCUGCGCGUGGCUCUGCCCUCUGUGCUCACCCCUCUGGCCCCACCAGGCCCACCGGGGCCCCCCAGGCCUCCGGGGCUCUGUGACGACAGCCCCACCAGCUGCUUCGGAGUGAGCAGCCCUCAGGGUGAAGGGCCAGCCUGGGAGGAGUCAGCUGCUCCUCGGGAUGUGUUCUUGGGCCCUGCCCGUUGCCCUGCUCCAUACACCUUCUCUUUUGAGAUGCUGGUGACUGGGCCGUGCCUGCUGGCAGGACUGGAGAGCCCCUCUCAUGCUCUUCGGGCUGAUGCCCCACCUCAUGCCAGCUCUGCAGCCACCAUCUGUGUCACACUGGCAGAGGGCCACCGCUGUGACCGGGCCUUGGAGAUCCUGCUGCACCCCAGUGAGCCUCACCAGCCCCACCUGAUGCUGGAGGCCGGCAGUCUGAGCUCAGCAGAGUACGAGGCCCGGGUGAGAGCCCGCCGGGAUUUCCAGAGGCUGCUGCGAAGGGACAGUGAUGGGGACCGGCAGGUGUGCUUCCUGCAGCGACGCUUCCACAAGGACAUCCUGCUAAACCCCGUGCUGGUACUGAGCUUCUGCCCGGACCUGAGCUCCAAGCCCGGACACCUGGGCACAGCUACACGGGAGCUCCUCUUCCUGCUGGAUGGCAGUAGUGUGGCACACAAGGAUGCCAUCGUUUUGGCUGUGAAGUCACUCCCGCCCCAGACGCUCAUCAACCUUGCCAUGUUUGGCAUCUCGGUGCAGCCCCUCUUCCCAGAGAGCCGGCCUUGCAGUGAUGAAGCUGUGCAGCUGAUCUGUGAGAGCGUUGAGACGCUACAGGCUGUAGACGGCACCCCGGACGUGUGGGCUGCUCUGGACUGGGCCCUGGGGCAGCCCCAGCAAAGGGCCCACCCUAGGCAGCUUUUCCUGCUCACCGCUGCCUCCCCCAUGGCCGCUGUGACCCACCAGACCCUGGAGCUCAUGAGGUGGCAUAGAGGGGCAGCCAGGUGCUUCUCCUUUGGAUUGGGGCGUGCCUGCCGCCAGCUGCUCCAGGGUCUGUCUGCUCUCAGCCGGGGCCAGGCCUACUUCCUGAGACCUGGGGAGAGGCUGCAGCCCAUGCUGGUGCAGGCCCUGAGGAAGGCACUGGAGCCCGCGCUGAGUGACAUCUCUGUGGACUGGUUUAUUCCGGAUGCAGUGGAGGCCCUGCUGACACCCCGGGAGAUCCCCGCGCUCUAUCCCGGGGACCAGCUUCUUGGUUACUGCUCACUCUUCAGGGUGGACAGCUUCCGGUCCCAACCCCCGGGGGGCCAAGAGCCUGGCUGGCAGAGCUUGGGUGGCUCGGUGUUCCCAUCCCCAGAGGAAGCACCAUCUGCCACCAGCCCUGGCACUGAGCCCACUGGCACCUCAGAGCCACUGGGAACAGGCACUGUGUCAGCAGAGCUGUCCAGCCCGUGGGCUGCUGGGGACUCAGAGCGGAGUACUGAUGCUCUGACAGACCCAGUCACGGACCCCGGACCUAAUCCCUCUUCUGACACAGCCAUAUGGCACCGCAUCUUUCAGUCCUCAUACAUCCGGGAGCAGUAUGUGCUCACCCACUGCUCUGCCAGCCCAGAGCCAGGCCCAGGCUCCACAGGCAGCAGCGCAUCCCCUGUCUCCCAGGGCCCGGGCUCCCCUGAGGGCAACACUCCCCUGGAUCCCCCUUCUCAGCAGGGCUGCCGAAGCCUAGCCUGGGGAGAAUCUGCCAGCUCCCGCUCCUGCCCCCUGCCUCCAUCUCCACUGGCUCCAGUCAAGACUGGGGCUUUGAGUGCUGAGGUGCUGGGCCGUCGACGCAGAGUGGCUCUGGUUGGCCGAAGCCUCUCAUCCCCCCAAGGCCGGGUGAACCCAGUCCCAGGGCGCCCCCGGCACCCCUCUCUAGGUGUAGUACCUGAUGGGCCAGGCCCUGAGCCAGGGCAGCAGCUGGGACAGGGCUUGGAUGACUCAGGAAACCUGCUCUCCCCAGCCCCCAUGGACUGGGACAUGUUGAUGGAACCACCCUUCUUGUUCACCGCUGUUCCCCUCAAUGGGGAGUUGGCCACUCCAGCAGCAGCACAGCCUCCCCAGGCUCCACGCUGCCAUGUGGUGAUCCGGGCCUUGUGUGGGGAGCAGCCCAUGUGCUGGGAGGUGGGUGUUGGGUUGGAGACGCUGUGGGGGCCUCAGGAUGAUGGCUCCCUGCCUCCGUCACCCCCCGAAAGAGAUAAUGCUUGGGACCAAGCACUCCAUCGACUGACAGCAGCUUCUGUGGUUCGGGACAAUGAGCAGCUGGCUCUUCGAAGAGGGGGUGAGACCAGGGCUGACCGGGGUCACGCCCGGAGGUCCUGGCUCCGAGCCCUUCAGACAAGUAAGGUCAGCUCUGCCCCUUCUUGCUUCACCUGUCCUGUAGCUGUGGACGCUACCACCAGGGAGGUCCUACCCUCAGCCCUGCAGGUGCAGAGCUCAGAGCCAGCUGAACCUGCAGGUACUCCUCCUAUCUCUCAAAGCCAUGUAGAUGCAGCUCCUUUCCCCACAGUUGUCCACUCUAAAGACUCUUUGGCAGGUGGCUGGGGCCCGGACCAAACUGGCAACUCCAGUUCUGCUUUGGGGGACCAUGCAGCCCCCAUAGGAGGGUCUCAUCGCCCGCUUCCCCGGCCUCCCUCUCGGAUCAGCCUAGGCCAUUGGAAGUCCAGAGGCCCAGACAGCCACAGACCCUGCAGCCCCAACACGGGCCAAGUCAAUGACAGCAACAGUGAAGGCAGCGGCCACGACUACCUGCCCUUGGUGCGCUUGCAGGAGGCGCCCGGCUCCUUCCGCCUGGACGCUCUGUUCUGUGCAGCGGUGCGCAUCUCGCAGGAGCGCCUGUGCCGUGCCUCACCCUUUGCUGCGCACCGGGCCAGCCUCAGCCCCACCUCGGCCUCCUCUCCCUGGGCACUUCUAGCCCCCAGCGUUGGCCAGGGUGGCAGCGCCACAGCCUCUUGCAGCCCGUCCCCCAGCUCGGGUUCCGAGGGUCCGGGCCAGGUGGACAGUGGGCGGGGAUCAGACACUGAGGCCUCAGAGGGGUCGGAAGGGCCUGGUGGCGCUGACCUGAGGGGCCGGACUUGGGCCACGGCUGUGGCGCUUGCGUGGCUGGAGCACCGCUGUGCGGGGGCCUUUGGCGAGUGGGAACUGGCAGCUGCGAAGGCUGACUGUUGGCUGCGGGCGCAGCACCUGCCCGACGGCCUGGACCUGGCCAACCUCAAGGCUGCAGCCCGUGGUCUCUUCCUGCUGCUGCGUCACUGGGACCAGAACCUGCAGCUCCACUUGCUGUGCUACAGCCCCGCAAACAUGUGACGGUCACCCACUGCUCCGGCUGGCACCCUCCCCAACCAACUCAAAGUCACUGCCACCCAGAGCCGGCCUCUCGGUGCUGGGAAGGGGUGGGCUGGCGACAGCCUGUCCCCACUGCUUCUCAUUCCCUCCACAGAAUCCU